CUCUAUGGUUCCGGCGCCGCGUGUGCAGCGCCGCCGCCGGACCGGGAGCAGGAGCGGAGGCCCCGGUCCCGGUCCAGGCCUAGGCCCCAUUCCCGUUCCCAUUCCCAUUCCCGUUCCCAUUCCCGUUCCCAUUCCCAUUCCCGUUCCCAUUCCCAUUCCCAUUCCAGCCUCGCCAUGUGGUUCAUGUACACCCUGAGCUGGUUGUCCCUGCUCAUACAAGUGGCCUUCGUCACCCUGGCCAUCGCGGCUGGGCUUUACUACCUGGCGGAGCUGAUCGAGGAGUACACGGUUGUCACCAAGAGGAUCAUCAAGUACAUGAUCUGGUUCUCCUCAGCUGUACUCGUGGGCCUCUACCUCUUCGAGCAGUUCCCUGGCUUCAUGAUAGGAGUGGGACUCUUCACCAACCUCGUCUACUUUGGGCUGCUGCAGACCUUCCCCUUCAUUGUGCUCACCUCCUCCAACUUCAUCCUGUCCUGUGGGCUGGUUCUGUUCAAUCACUACCUGGCGUUCCAGUUCUUCGCAGAGGAGUAUUACCUGUUCUCUGAGGUUCUUGCCUACUUCACCUUCUGCCUCUGGUUAAUCCCUUUUGCUUUCUUCGUGUCCUUGUCAGCUGGGGAGAACGUCCUGCCCUCCACAGUGCAGCCUGGAGACGACGUGGUCUCCAACUACUUCACCAAAGGGAAGAGGGGGAAGCGCUCUGGGAUCCUCCUCAUCUUCUCCUUCAUCAAGGAGGCCAUCCUGCCCAGCCGCCAGAAGAUCUACUGAGCAGGGAUGCUGCACUGACGGAGCAGCCUCGCUCCAUCCCUCCUCCAUGUAUCCCAGUGGGAUCUGCCUGGGAAUCACCACUGGGAAUGGGCACGGACUGCAGGUACCGGCUGCAGAGGGAGGGUUCCAUCCAGCUCCAGGACUGUGUGCAAGGAGGAUGCUUGGUUCCAGCUGAGCAUAAGGAGGAUGCUUGGUUCCAGCUGAGCACAAGGAGGGUCCAGGCUCUGCCCCUUGGCACUGCCCACCCUGGGAGACGUUGGCACCUCUGCAAGCAGGAGCUGGCCCAUGGGGUAGUUUGGCACAGGACGUGCUUGGCUUUGGACUGAGGUUACCACAGAGCCAUUCAUUAAAGAGGGAAUAAAGUGACCCACGUGUGCAGCUCCACACGGA